UGACACGCCGCCCAGACCGCGACAAGAUGCCCUCGAUACUGUCUGACGAAGACAAGCAGACGGUGAAGCGCACCGUGCCCAAGCAGAACAACAAGAUCUUCGCCGUCGCCGUCGCGAAGCUGUACGUCGCCUACCCGGACAAGCACACAUGGACCUACACGGGGCUGCAGGGCGCCGCCGUGCUGGCGAACGACCUGGUGGGCAACACCCUCUGGAUCAAGCUGGUGGACAUUUCGGUACGUGCACGCAGGCCACUGCAGGAAGAGACGCUGAUGUGAAGUAGCCGACGAGCCGCGGCGUCAUCUGGGACCAGGAGAUCUACGACACCUUUACCUACAACCAAGACCGCGUUUUCUUCCACACAUUUGAGCUCGAAGACUGCCUUGCCGGUCUCUCGUUUGCCGACGAGAAGGAGGCCAAGACGUUCAAGAAGAAGAUGGACGACCGCGAGAAGAACGCCCACAAGAACACCAAGAACAAGCCGUUCGGAGCGGCCGUGGGCACUGGAGGCGGAGCGCCGACAAACGGCCACAAAAGCCACGGUCUUCUGGGCGGCAUCUUUGGACACAGGCACUCGUCUCAUGCGCACCAACCGCAGUCUAUCAUCCCACCCACCGUCACGUCGCCCACCACCACGAGCCAGUCCAAUGUAAGCAGCGCGAGAAGCUCCGCCAUCGAUACGAGCGAUCCGUCGUGGCAACCGCUGCUGAAAGAGCUGCUGGCCAUGGGCAUCACCGAGGACCAGAUCGAGGAGAAUGCCGAUUUCAUCAAGCUGUACAUUGAGCAGCGCAAGGCGAAUGAAAAGGUUCAGGCGGAAGAAAAAGAGAAGAAGGCCCGGGCUCCUCCACCCCCUCCUCCGAGUGCGCCGCCAUCAAAGGUCUCUCUGAGCCCUCAGAAUACCGGCACGUCCUCAAAACGCGGUCCUGCGCCCGCACCGCCGCCAGCACGCAGGACGCGAACAGACGCCUCCAGUAUCAAUCGUGCUUCUUCUGGAAGUCCGGCGCCGCCCUCUCCUCCGCGACAAGCAACUCCUCCGCCACCGCCCGGCCCACCGCAACCCAAGUUCCGUGCGCCGCCUCCGUUUGCCGAUGCCGGCAAGCUUGCCAACGAGCCCCCGCCGCCGCCAGCGAGAGCCCGAGCUUCGUCCAAUGUCGCAAACCCAGGACCACUUCCUCCUCCACGACCCCCGAAGACGCCUGUGGAAGACGGCGACAAACCCUCAGCGCCGAGAUUUGGUGUGCCUCCGCCAUUCGCAGGCAAUCGCGUACCUUCGGGACCACCGCCGCCUCCCAAUCGAGGACCAGUUCCUCCACCCCCUCCAGCACGCGAUACUCCUGCCGGUGCUUCCGGUGCACCCCCUCCUCUACCACCGAAAACUGCUGCAGCACCAGUACCCCCUCCGCCGCGACCAGCCCACAAUGCUCCUCCACCGCUACCGCCUUCCGUGUCCCGUCCUGUCCCGGCAGCACCAACAAACGCAGCUCCACCACCCCCGCCUUUGCCAUCAUCCAGCGCACCUCCACUGCCACCUCCUCUCCCGCCAAUGAACAAUGCGCCGCCCCCGCCGCCGCUCCCACCAACGAACAACGCGCCGCCACCGCCACCACUCCCCCCUACGAACAAUAUACCUCCUCCGCCUCCAAUGCCCGGGAAAGCGCCGCCACCACCUUCGGGUGCCGCACCUCCGCCGCCGCCUCUCCCUCCUGGCUCUGGUCCGCCACCGCCGCCUCCGAUGCCGUCCGGCUCUGGUCCACCACCUCCACCGCCUAUGCCAGCUGGUGCUGGUCUACCGAAGGUUCCAGCUGAUCGAGGUGGUUUGUUGGCCGAUAUUCGCGGUGGUGCACGAUUGAAGAAGGUCUCGGAUCAAGAGAAACGAGACCGAAGUGCUGCUGCAGUUCCUGGGGCAGAGCCAUCCACAGGAGCAUCGGGUGGCAGUGGGCCUGCAACGCCGGGUCCUGAAGCUGGUGGUUUGGCUGGCGCAUUGGCAAGUGCGCUUGCAGCGAGGAAGGCCAAAGUUAGUCAUAGUGGUAAGUGCAUGAUUCUCUGUAACAGAUGCUGAUGCUAAUGGCUCGCAGACGAUGAAGAUGACAAAGACGAUUGGUGAAUGA